AUGAGUAAAGAAGAAAACAAUGACCUCAAAGAUGAGCAAAGAAAAGGAAAAGCCAAGAUGCAACUCAAAAGAAAUAUAGGUUAUUUUGACGGGGUAAGUUUUAUUAUAGGCUCAAUUGUUGGAGCAGGGAUCUUCGUGUCUCCCACAGGGGUGUUAAAACAUUCCUUACUCAAUGUUGGCGUUGCACUAACGAUCUGGACCGCAUCUGGGCUGGUUUCUCUGAUGGGUGCCCUCUGCUAUGCAGAGCUGGGAGCGGCUCUGCCCUUCUCUGGAGGAGAAUACAGCCACAUUAAAAGAGGCCUUGGAUCCCUACCCGCCUUCGUGUUUAUCUGGACAUCAACGUUCACCAAGCCAGCAUCAAAUGCUGCUCGAGCCUUGCUGUUUGCUGAAUAUGCCACACAGCCUUUCUAUGGCAUUUGUCCUGCACCAGAUGUGCUGAAGAAGUGCUUGGCCUUGGCCGUUCUCUGGUCCCUGGGGAUUUUGAAUGGCCUUAGCGUCAAAAUGUCUGCGUGGGUGCAGACAGUUUUCACUCUGCUGAAGAUGAUGGCCUUGUCUGUGAUUGCUGUCGGUGGCAUAGUUCUCCUUGUUACCAGGCAAAAGGAGAGUCUGGCCAGGUUUGAGGACAUGUUCAGCUCAGAGAUCCCCAACGCCUCUCAGGUUGCUGAAGCCUUCUUCCAGGGGCUGUACGCGUACGGCGGCUGGUGGUCCCUCAACUACAUGGCAGAGGAGAUGAAACGCCCCAGCAGAAAUAUCCCCUUAACUGUGAUGACUGCUGUUCCUGCAGUAAUUGUUUUUUAUUUACUAGUGAACAUCUCAUAUCUGACUGUCCUCACACCUAAGGAAAUUGUCUCCUCAGUUGCUGUGGCAGUCACUUGGGCUGAUCGAGUGAUCCCCUCUGUGUCCUGGAUCAUUCCUCUCUCUGUUGCUGUCUCAAUAUUUGGUGCCCUCAACUGCAGCAUGUUCACACUGGGACGAUUAAGCUAUGCUGGAAGUCAGUCAGGACAUUUACCUCUUUUAAUAUCCAUGCUUAAUGUCCACUCCUAUACGCCAGCACCAGCCAUGAUUUUUUCAACCACCAUUGCAUCCAUUUUUAUCAUCCCCUCCGACCUUAUUAUGUUAACAAAUUACUUUGGAUUUUCUGCCUGGCUUAUGACUGGAUUGACUUGUGCAAGCCUGAUUGUACUUCGAUACCGGGAACCUCAUCUACAUCGACCAUACAAAGUGUUUUUACCAGUUCCAUUUAUGAUGGUGGCUAUGUCUUUCUUCCUAGUUCUAGCUCCCAUUGUCUGGUCUCCAAACAUGCAAUAUGUUUAUGCUUUCCUGUUUAUGCUUGGAAGUCUUAUUAUUUAUCUGCCUUUUAUACAUUUUAAAUUGCAUUUUGCAUUUCUUGAUAAAAUUACUUGCCACUUACAGCUCCUGUUAGAAGUCUGUCCUGCUGAUGGACCUGCUGAGGGCAAAUGUGAAUAA